GAGAGAGAGAGAGAGAGAGAGAGAGAGAGCGCGAGAGAGAGAGACUCUCACACUCUCGUAGUAAAGCGAAGGCAACUGCGCCGACGAGCUUUACACAAGGCACACAUUUUGUGCUCGAGUUGCAGCGGGUCUGUGAUACAGCCGGAUUGAGAAUUACAUUUCGUUCAAAACUUUACACUUUUGGGAGGAUUUUCUCGUCGCUCGGAACUCUGGUUCUGUCUGGUACGACUUAAGAUUUGAACAUGAAGCAGUUGAAUGGAUUACAAGGCGGCGCUUUACGCUUUCCGAACUGACAUGGACUGUAGCGACUCUUUCUGUUCACGUUCGCCGAAUCUGUUGUGAUCAGACUGCCCAGGUUCAAACAUGGAGGGUCCCUCCAGCUUUCAGCCGCAUCCAGGACUUCAGCAAACUCUCAAGCAGUUUCACUUGAGCUCCAUGAGCUCCCUCGGGGGACCGGCAGCCUUCUCGGCCCGGUGGCAGCAGGACAUGCUGUUCAAGAAGGACGGUAAGGGCGCCGAGGUGAUGGUGAACCUCCCCGCGCAGACGCCCCCGGUCAUGCCGGGGCCCCUCUUCAUCCCGUCAGACCGCUCCACCGAGAGGUGCGAGACGGUCCUGGAGCGGGAGACGAUUUCGUGCUUUGUGGUGGGCGGCGAGAAGCGCCUUUGCCUGCCGCAGAUCCUCAACAGCGUCCUGCGAGACUUUUCCCUCCAGCAGAUCAACUCUGUGUGCGACGACCUCCACAUCUACUGCUCCCGGUGCACGGCGGACCAGCUGGAGAUCCUCAAAGUUAUGGGCAUCCUGCCCUUCUCAGCCCCCUCAUGCGGACUGAUCACCCAGACCGACGCCGAGCGCCUCUGCAAUGCCCUCAUCUACGGCGGCACGUUCCCACCGCACGCUGACAAAGAGUUGUCGUGCUCCAUCGAGCUGGAAAGAACGGAGAAGAGCUUUAAAGUUUAUCACGAAUGCUUCGGGAAGUGCAAGGGCCUGUUCGUGCCAGAGCUCUACACGAGCCCCAACGCGGCGUGCAUACAGUGCUUGGACUGCAGGCUCAUGUUCCCGACGCACAAGUUCGUGGUGCACAGUCAUAAAAGGCUGGAGAACAGAACCUGUCACUGGGGCUUCGACUCGUCCAACUGGAGGGCUUAUAUUCUUUUGGAUCAAGACUAUAGUGAGAAAGAGGAGAGCAGCACGCUGCAGCAGCUCCUCAACGAGUUAAAGGGAAAAUUUGACCUGGGGAACAAGCACAAGACAUCUUACAAGGCUUACAGUCCCAUUCCCUCCAAAAAGUCCAAACAUGACCGCUCAAGAUCCCCAUCAAUGGAUAAAGAGAAGCAAGCUGAUUGGCUACAGUCUCUGGCUGCAUUUGCAAAUAAGCUCCAAUUCAAGCAAAGACCUUCGGCCUUCAGGCCCUGGUCUCCCAGAGUUCCUUCUGCUGAGCGAGAAACACCUAGCCACACGUAUGAGAGAUUGCUUGCUAAAGGACAAGACAGCCUGGUAGUCCCAAAUGUAUCACUGCCCAUUUCCACAUUUAAAAAUAAUGAGCAGCCACCGCAACGUUUCUCUCAGCCCACCGAGAGCCACAACACAGGCAAGACAGAGAGCUCCGGGCCAAGAAAGAGGUGGCCCUCUGCAGAGAGACAAUCACAGCCAGUGGCCAAGACCUCUCUGCCCACUCCAGUAGUCAGACACCGUGCCCUGGAGAAUGAGGACUCGGACACAGAAAUCGAGGUUGACAACUGUAGCAAAGUUCCUGCCUCCCAUUCCUUGAUGUCCCCUCCCUUUACCAAUGGGGUGGGGGUGAUGAACCUCAAUUCUUACAGCACUGCAGAGGUGCACGAUGAGAGGGUGAGACUGGGGGCGGCUCCUUACUCUGAGCUGGAAGUCCUCAAGCAGAUGCUCUGCAGCGAUCUUAACUCUAAGGAGGCUAGAGAGAAAUUCCUCCAGGAGAUCAUCCGCAUGCGAGUGAAGCAAGAGGAGAAAUUAGCUGCUGCUCUGCAAGCCAAACGAAGCCUUCAGCAGGAGCUGGAGUUUGUCAGGGUUACUAAGAAGGGCCGACUGAGGGAGGCUAUCGAGGCAAAGCGGAACCUGAGGAAGGAGAUUGAGCGCCUCCGUGUGGAGUGUGAGAAGAAGGUGCGAGAUGCCAACGAGUCCUGCGGCAGGCUGAAGAGGGAGCUGGACAGAGAGAGACAGCUCCGUGUGUGUGAUAAGGGCUGUGAGGCAGGACGUCUGAGGGCCAAGUAUUCCUCACAGAUUGAAGAUCUGCAGACAAAGCUCCAGCAAGCAGAAGUGGACCGUGAGCAGUUAAGAGAGGACCUGCUGAAGGAGCGGGAUGCCCGGCAGAACCUGGAGAGGGUCGUCAAAGAGCUCCAGGAACAGCUGGGCCACAAAGCAGAGACGGAGGGACACUCCAUUUCAAACACACAACCAACUGAGGGAGAGAAGAAAGAAAUGAGAGAUGAAGAUGUAUCGUAAACAUUUCAUGUGUUCAGUGUGUGGCUGUAGUUGAAGACUUUGAUUUGAGGACGAGUAGAGGAUGCCUCUAAAGCCAACACUUUCUUGAAAAAAGUACUGGAGCACAGGAGAAUGAUAAUAAAAAACAAGCAUUUUACAGUUUACCAAAACCAAUGGAAACAGCAGCCGUGAUUCAUGAACUCAAGUAACUGGAAAGAAGUUUGCUCGCUCCUUGAGAGGAGGAUGCUCGGAGACAAUGGCAUCACGUGUAACUGACUCUCCUUCAGUUAGCUUCUUUAAGCUAAGCUAAGGAUUUUUUUUUUUUUUGUUAUAAGCUAUUUAAAAUUUUUGCAAGAUACUUGAAUAAUAUUUGGGAAACGAACAUGUUUUCUAUUCACAAUACGUUGACAGUAGCAGGUGAACAACCUGCUAGUGCCGCUGAUACUCUGUAAACUAGAAAGUGUUACAAGCCAGAAUUCAACAUAGUACACAGGUGUUGUCACUACAAUGUUCUGCUCGCUUUUAUUUGACCUUUUUGUUCGCUGUUGUAUUGAAAUAGUUUGCAUGAGCGACAGUGCUAUGGUGCAGCAAAGCUUUAUUAUAAGCCUACAUUCAAAUGAGCUUUUUAUCUUUGUAUUUUUAAUUACCAUGUACUUAAAACCCUAUAGCAUUGACAACGAUCAAUAUGGGCUGAAUCCUAUCCUCUGUCCUAAACUACAAUAUCAAGUAUUAUACUUUACUAAUUAACAGUUUUUGCAGUCCAAACAAACAUUACAGCACGUGGCAUGAUAUUGAUCACUUCAUGCUUCUUGUUUGAUGGUGAAAUGAAUGUUUUGUUUUUUUCGUUCAGAAUCAGAAUUGUGACAAACAUCCGAUUUUAGUCACUGGUUUUAGGGCUCAUUUAAUGUAAAAAAACAAAAACAAAAAAAGCUGUUAAUGAAAAUUACAUUUCUACUUAUAUAGAAAUUAAGGAUAUAUAUUUUUUUACUUUCUACCAAAAAAAAAAAAAAAAGAUUUGCACUUUUAAGAGAAGAUAGUUGUAUUGUGUAUCUGAAGCCCUGUUUUUUCAAAUCUCAGACACUAAGUAUUGAAUAAAGAGGUUUUCAUACAUUUGUUACAGAUGUGAAUACCACUUAAACAUAAAAACAUGAUGUAAAUAUGAUAGCGUGCUUUACACUUCACUCUAAAUGCUUUUGCUCCGAACCAAUAGACUGUAUGUAUAAAAAAAUGUAACACAUAAAUUUCAACUAGAGGGCAUUUACUAUAUAAAAUCCUUAUGUAAUAUUAACAGAAAAACUAAGAUCAUUAUAUUUCUGAAUAAAUUCAGUCCCUUUGGAAAUCACUUUAUAUAAUUACCAAAGCAAAGUUUCCCAUUCUGAGUUUGUGGUGGAUGAAUCAGAAAUGUGACUGAUGAACUGUAAAGAGUAUUUGCUGAAUUUCUAAUGAUCUUUUAUCUCAGUUACCCCUGUCUUGAAUAAACCUGCAGUAAUACAUAUACUAACUUUUCCAUAUCUCUAUUUAUUCUGGGUACAUUUUUACUUCCCCUUCGAUAUAACGAGAUCCGUAUGCUUGCCUAUGUCAUUUUAUAACCUUUUGAUGUUUUCAUGGUCACACUAGAGAUAUGCAUUGUGUUCAGGGUCUUGUCAUAGUUUGGUUUUGAUGUGGGUCAUUUUCGUCACUUGUUUUAAUGUUCCCCCCACGUAUAAUAACAUCAUUAAACAGAAUCAAUCAUU